ACAGUUUAUUGUAUUGAACGAGUGGCUCAGUGGAGGUAAUAGUGGAGCAGCGAAAAAGAGGCGGGCUACGUUUGUGUUCAUUAUGCCGCGCCAAAAUUGAACCGAAAAUCGUAGCGUUAAUUUGCUCGCGAUCGCUCAAUCGCGGAUAUCGAACUUUACAUCGCCCCGACGAGUGCACCAGGAGAAAAGAGAGAUAUAAAUGCCUUAAAAUAACAGAAGUCAAAUACAGUUCUGGUGAUUAAUUAAGUCAUGGCCGAGUUAGCUUCCAGUAUGGCAGGCAUGCUGUUACCCAAUCACUUUCAGCCGCUGGACCACGAUAGCGAGAGUGAUAAUGAAUCCAUUGAGUAUGGCAGCAGUGUGCAGAUCCCUUUCUCAUCCAUGUCGGAGACCAGCGACACAAGCUCUAGACCGGAGAUCAAGUCAAGUAGUCCUAAUGUCACUGUGGAAUACCUUCCACACUUGGAUCUCAAAGACAGGACAGAAGAUAGCUGGAGUCGAAUGGAUUCCUCAAAUCUUACAAACGACUCAGGCUUCACCCCAAAUUCUUCAGGAUUCAGUGCAGACCUCAGCUCCAGUGGUGGGUUCUCUUCAUCCUGUGACCUUAGUUUCAACUCAAAGAACUCUUCCUUAAAUUGCAGGGAGUCUUUCAGAACUCAGCAGCUUGGCACUUUUAGCUUUAAUGAGCAGGCGGGGUCUGGGCAACCUGUCACCCCAACAAAAUUGGCAGAUACCAAUGAGGUUCUGAAUGAUGACCCCUUGACCCCGACGGCAAACCUCAAGAUGCUGUUGAGUGCAAUGAGUCCUGAAAUUAGAAACAUGGAGAACAAGAAGAAGAAAGCGAGGUUAUUUGACGCAAUGGUAGAAGCAGCAUCGCAAGGAACAAUAUUGCCUAGUGCCCAAGGAACAAUGUCUUGUACAGACCUCGGAACAGAGUCUUCAAGCCCCCUUGAAGCAAUGUCUACAAGCACUCUAGGAACAGUAUCACCUUGUAACCAAGAGGCAGUGAUGACCUCCAUAGAAGACGUGUCCAUUCUUAACACCUCAUCGGGUCAUGAUUCAUCGUUCCUCUUAUCACCUACGGAUGAACACGGAACAGAUGAAGGAGAGAAAAACAACAGGAAAUCCAAGUCCCUUGGAUUACUUUGUCAAAAAUUCUUGACCAAAUAUCCAGACUACCCUCCAGAUGGCAAAGCCAUGGAUAUCUCAUUAGACCAGAUCUCAAAAGAUUUGAAUGUUGAGAGGCGGAGGAUCUAUGACAUUGUGAACGUCCUUGAGAGCGUUGAGAUGGUAAGCCGGAGAGCGAAGAACCGUUACCUGUGGCACGGGAGGACGCAUCUCGACCAAACACUAGCAAAACUAAAGUGUCUUGGACAGAGACAGAAGUUUGCUGAGCAGCUGGCACUUCUUCACAGUAGGUUAGAAGACGGGAGUCUCUCGAUGGACGACACCAAAUCACCGGUAUACGGACCGGACAGGAUGACGAUGAGUGACGUUGCUAAGCAACCCCUCCAGGAUAUCGGCAAUCUCCUGAAAUCCCCGGUUGAGACGGAGAUGAGGAAAGACGGGAGAGAGCACUGGGAAGAUGACACAAAGAGAGACAAGACAUUAGGAGUGAUGAGUCAGAAGUUCAUCAUGCUUUUCCUCGUCUGUAAGGAUCGGAUCAUCUCUUUGGAUGUAGCUGCCAGGAUUCUAAAAGGAGAUCAGAAUUAUCAGAUUGGAGAAAAUGCAAAGUUCAAGACUAAAGUAAGGAGACUGUAUGAUAUUGCCAACAUCUUGACGAGUCUGAAACUGAUUGAUAAAAUCCACUUAUCGGAGGGAAGGAGUCGCAAGCCAGCGUUCAGGUGGAUAGGGCCGGAUCCUGAUACAAGUCACGUCGACUGGAGUGAACUUCCAACAGGCAAAAAACCAACACAGAAGCAUUCCUACUUUCCUCUACCACCUGUGAAUUCAUCCUCCUGGUCGUCUAAUCCAACCCACAAACAAACCCCCGCAAUGGUCAAACUGCCGCUCGGGAAGACGACGCCUCUCAAGUCCCGCAUCAUCUGGAGCCGGAACGCAUCGUUCAGCGCGAUGUGCGAGGUUGCAGAGCAGGAGCAUCGCAAGUGUUCCUCGGCGCCGAACAGUCCCGUCAAGGAUGAGGAGGUCGACAAGGAGAACAGCUCAGCGUCGACGUUGAAUAAUGGCAGCAAAAAAGAAGAGGAGUUUAUUCAGGAGUUCCAGGCACUGCAAAACAAGUACCCCGCCUGCGUGUCCAGACUGUUCUGUGGCUCCACCGUGACCUCAUCCGACCCUUCACCUCUGAACUCUGACGCAGCACCGUUGACCCCGGAGUCGUUCCAUCGUCGGCUAAGCCCCAGAGAUGGCUCUCAGGUCACCACAGUGAGGAUAGCCAGCCCCAGAAGUCAGGGAGACGGGGAGUGUACGAGUGCCUCCAAGACAAAGUCGCAGAAAUUGGUCUAUGUGCAGAGGUUUGUCCCAUUGUUGAACGCCAACACCAUGGCAGCCGUUCAGGCAAGCUCCACCCAUCAGACGAAUGCCGGUAACCCCACCAUCACCACCGGGAACCGAACCAUCGUCACGCCAAACAGCAACAGCCCCCUCGUGAGUGGGCCCCACCCUGCCGUCAUAUCCCCGACUCCCGGAUCGGUCAUCCACCUGCUUCCGAUGAGACAGGAUAAUUGGGUGAAGCUUCCCAGCGCCAGCGAGGUGGUCUCUAAGAGUGCAAUUGGCAACGGCCAGCAUUCCACCACAAAUUCUGUAGCAUCCCCGGAGGCUGCAGAAACUCAGGUCAAGUGUCCAGUGACGUCCAGUUCCAACCAGGUGGUGACCAUCAUACGACGCAGCAAACGAGCGGUCAAGCUCGCACUGGACAAGGAGUUUGAAUAUCACCCGCUCAUUAAGAAGGUCAAGUCUGGAGCUACUGGAACGACUAUUCAGAACCCACCGACCAAGGCUACCAUCUCCGAACCCACCAAGAAUUCUACCGUGAUCAUCACGCACCCCUCCCAUCCAGUCUGCAUCCCUGAGGGGCCCCACCCCCAGGCACACACCCCAGUGUCCCACCCACAAAAGAAGGCAGGCCAAGAGGAGACAGGAAACACCGUUUGUUAGGAAUGACACCAAGCUGAGAAGAGCUGCCCUGAAGCAUGUGAAAAGACGUCUUACAAUAGACCUUGAUAAAGAACCCUCGGAAACAGCAAAAGCCUCAACAGUGAAAGGUGCUACUCCAAAGUAUUCAAGCAAGAAAAUGCCUCGGUGCCAUUCCCUGUCUGAACUUGAUAAAAGAAAAGUUAUUACUUCUCCAGUUAAUGGACUGAUUGUUCCCUACCUUGAGACAAAUGGUGCGCUUCAUGGAAAAGAGAGGGCAGGCAGUAGGUCUUCUGUGGAUGAAGCACGAACAGGAGCCAGAACCCCUAGAGGACACAACUACAGCACAAACAGUGUGAAAAUGAAAUUCGGAGGAAAGUUCGGAAGCCUGAAGAAAAAUGUUGACGAUGCUAGGCUCGACAAUCUUCGGGGUUCAAAGACAUCCGAAAAUCUGGUUAAAGGCACUUAUCAUACCGAGAGAUCAUCAGGUGGAAUUGGACCCAAAUCUGAAGGAUCUGCAACUGAUGCUCAAGGAAUAAGGAAGGUGUUUGAAAAGGCAGAGAGUAAACUUCCUGAGAUGGAUGGGAAAGUGAAUUUAGAGGAUUGCUGGCUGUCUGCUAGUUUUCCUCCUCCGUCUUUAUCAGGAUUCUCCACCUUCUUACAAGGAUGCACCAACAGAGGCACUCCUCGUCCAGGAUCCAGUCGACCAAGCUCUGAGGUCAGUAUUGGUGAGCUUGACCGAUGGUUGUUUCCAGGGGACAAUGCAUCCCCAUCGCUCACAGGUGGUCAACCAGUGAAGAAAGUGAGCACCCCUUGGGUGUUGUCACCUACCUCAACAUACUCAUCCCCUCCAAAACUGACAACUCAAGCCAGUCCAGCUGGUCAUGGUGUUGCUCUGGCUUCCCCAAGGCCAUUACUUCCACAGGCAAAUCAUCUGCACUUGUCGCCGCAUCAUCCGCUUGCAGAUGCCAGCUCAGGAAUGGGCCCUGAGCCGCUUUUCACUAGCACACCAAAGUCGCCAAAGCCUUCUGCUCCCUCAAUCAGGUAUUUUGGUUCAGACGUUUCGAGUAACCAAAGUGUAGCAGGAUCUGUUAGUUAUUCUGGAGAUGAUACAAUUCCCUACCAAACUAUCCACUGUCUUCAAGACCAGGGUGAAGAUCUCGGCAAAUUGAAACCUUUGGAAGGGAUUCCGUUGGAGCAACACAGCGCUCAUGCAACAAAGUCACAAAACACUUUUCGAAACCAAUCUGAAGUUGAAGUGGAACAAGUUUAUCCAAAGGAAAAACCAAGAGAUAAACGCAGUCCAUCACCAGAUCCUCAAGAUGAACCUAUGCCUGUAAAGCCUUCCAGUAGUUCCCAGACUUCUACACUGCCUCCAUAUCUGAUGCGUUCAAAAGCCUUAGCAGCAGCUCAAGUGCCAGAAAAAGCCUGUCCGCAUUCUGAUCCUGUUGUACGUCCAGUGGACAGCUGUAGUUCCAGUCAUGGCUUGGUUAACACAGGACAGGUAAGCCAUCCAUCAAUUGAACGACUUUCUAAUCAGCAGAGUGGCCAUUUGCGCAAAGACAGCCCUGUGAAUCAUUCUGCAUCUAUUUGCCACAUGCCCAGUAUGCACCAACUUCAGACUAUUUCGUCUAGAAGAGUGAUCAAGGCUCUACCAAAACCACCCUUGUCUCUUCAGAGUCUACCGAGGUCUCCCGACAGUGUCCCCGUUGUCAGGUCAGGACUUGAUGCAGGGUCAUCGCAUCUCAGACGGCCGCCUCCAGGAUACCAGAUGCAGCAGAGGGUACCUCAGUCACAGUUCAGAUGCACACUCAAUGGCACACCUUACACUAUACAUGUGAGACCCUACAAAGGUAGCCAUGUUUCUUCAAGGACACCAAGUGCAGGUUGCAUUCGUUUUCCAGAGAGAUAUCCUACAACCCAAGUGAACACGAGGGAAAGGUGUCAUCAGGAGGCUGUGCCACUGAUGAGAAGUCCUCUAAAUGCGCUGUAUCCCCUGCAAGCGGCUCCUGGACCUUCUCCAGGAUGUACACCAAGGUUCACCACUCAAUUUAAUCCCACUCCUGCCACCAAAACUCUACUACCCCUUGGCAGUUGCCCACCAACCAGUCAUGUCAGUGGUAUGAUUGCACAAGAAGCGUGCCGUAGUUCUGUUCCAGGGGUAACUUGUGCCCCGCCUCUGCAUCGCCCUUGGACUGUUACAAACCAGGCUGCGAGAGGUCCAUCUGUCAGUACUGCUUCUGUCCCUCAUACAGGUCUGAAUGCUGCAGUAGCUUCAUCGAUUCAGGCUAGUGGUAGUACUCAGAUAUGAUAUGGUUAAUACUGGAUAUGUUGACUUUUCAGUACUUUAAUAAUUGGUCAGGUCAAAGUAAUUCUCAAUUUAGAGACCCUUUUCAUUUAAGAAUUCAUGAUUAUCGUAACUUUGCCAUCCUAUAGAGUUACACGGCUUUCAUGAUUAAUGUCCAGAUUAUUCAAUCUUACAAUAGUCAUUAUUCUCUAUUCAUUUCCAUACUUGUUGGAAUGUGGAUAUACUAUCCGUCAAAAUAUUAGAUGGUAGCAAACUGGAUGAAAAGUUGCCAUGCCAUAGCAGAGAUUUCUGUGGUCCCAAAAUAUUUUUCUUGAUCAGAGUAUAUCAUUACUAAUAAACCAUGUAAACAAAUCUUAUCUCAACGCUGUGUAAAUAUAUAAGCAAUGGAACAUUAUAUUUCAUGUAAUAUUUGGUUCAAUUUGAAACCUCAUUUCAUGUUACUUCCUUUCAAAGAUUGAAAGAAUAAUACUAUUAUAUAUUUGCCACAAGUGCCUUAAUUCAUAUCCGUUUUCUAUGCAAAGAGCAAGCUGUUUUUAUAUUUCAAUCUCUACUCAAUGAUGGAAAGGGUAUUACAGGGGGUAUAGCAUAUAGAGAUACGCUUCAUGUUACGAUUGAUCAUAACUUUUUGUACAUGGUUUGCAGUAGACUUACAAUCAAACUUAAUUGUAAAAUAGAUUGCAUGUUUUUACAUGUAUGUCACAGGGCCCGGAACUGACUGUAUGCUUUCAAAGUCAUGAAUAUGGGUUUAUAUUUUUCUGUUGAUUUUAUAUGAUUUAUUACCUUGAAUACAAGGAAAAUAUCCAGUAUUGAUUUGAUAGCAUGUUCAUUUGUAUAUUCCUAUUGUUAUACAUGUAUUUGUAAGAAUGACCCUCCAUACAGGGGCAGAUGCAAGAUUUUCCAAAGGGGGGGGGGGCACAUUUUUCCCAGGAAAAAUUUGACAAGCAAAAAAAAUAAAUAAAGAUGUUUUCAACCAAAAAGUGAUGAUAUUUUGUCCCCGCUAAAAUUUGACAAGCCCCCAAAAAAGGGUCUUCGCUUUCAAAGUUUUAAUGGCAUUUGUACAUUACAUAUUUUAAUUUUGCUUCUCCCCCCCCCCCCCCCCUUGGAUCCGCCGAAGUAUAUUUGCCAAAGUUAGAGUAUUAUACAUGUAUAGACCUGGGUCUCGUUACACAAAAGUUAGAACUUAAUUGUACGCUUGAUUUCCAUGAUAGAUCGUACAUUGUAGUCAAUGCAAUCAUUCAUUAAACAUUUGUCUGCGAUCAUUGCUAGGCUUUGUGUUGCGGGCUCCAGAUUGUACAAAGCAUGUUACGUACAUCUUCUACAUCGAUUUUCUCAGAAGUUGAACAGGGGCCCGUCUUACAAAUAGUUGCGAUUGAUCCGAUUAAUCGUAACUAUGGAAAGCCAGCAAAGUCAAUAUAUAAAAUACAUGCUUGUUAAAAAAAAUUCUAGAUUUCUUGACAAUUUGGUGUGUUCUCCUUUGUUUAAAAAGGACAUUUGCAAAUUUCCUGUAGAAAAAAUAAUGACACUGAUGGAUUUCCAUAGAGUUACGAUUGAUUGGAUCGAUCGCAACUCUUUGUAAGACGGGGCCCUGAUUUCCUAGGUUCCAUUAGAUAUGAAUCAGGUGAAGUGAACUGUGCUUUAAUUCAUAUCUUGUAAAAUAAUGUCACUAAUAAUAUCUUUUAGUUUAUGUUGUCCUUCUAAUACCAUCAUUGAACUUGAAGUCACCUACUACCUCUCCGGAUCUCCCGCUGGGCAAUUCCAUAAAUUAUGUACGUCCGACCCUCUUAAUGUGGGACCUUCAUGAAAUUUUCUGUCUCUGAUAUUUUGUUCUUAUGACAGUGUAAUGUUCUUAAAGGACCAUGACUUGGGCAGUUUAUGAAGUGAAGUAAAAUUUGAUAAAAAUGGGGGUCAGACGUUAAAAAGGUUGAUCAUUUUAUGGAAUUGCCCAGCUGUAAAAUCAAGUAAAUCUUGAUAAUUGAAUUUCCUUUUUAUUUGUCUUUUUAUGAUAACUUGAUGUUAUAUUUUAUCACAGCAUUACUUGUUGAAUACAUUCCAUGCAUAUUUAUUGAUUGUAUGAGUAAGACAUUAGAACACUGUUAUAGAAGCUGCAUCGGAAUUGACGUCAUUCCACACUAAAGCUGCUAUAGCCUAUAAUCAAGGCGGAGUCUGCAGUUAGUGUUUUUGUCUGAUGUGGCGAAGACUAGCUAAUGCUGCUUCCAUAUUGGAUGUUCUGUUAUGUAGAUGAAUAUCUUUUAUCAAGUUGAGAAAAAAAUCUGAUUUUGCUCCUCAAAUCGGCAACAAUCAUUAAUUUUCUAUUUAUAUGAAUACUUUUCAAUAUGAAUAACUUAUAAAUCAAUGAUAUUAGCCAUUGUUUUUUAUUUUUAAUGGAAAGUUGCCAAUUAGCAUUUUUAAACAGUGAUUUUUGUUGUUUUCAUUGUAUUGCCAAUUUAGAGUUUUUACUGAUUAGCUUCAGUUAAAAUCCAAUGUUGAUUGUUCUGAGAAAAUGGUGAAAAGUCCAGAAAUUAUUUUUGUGAAAUUAAGAACAAAAUUUAAGAAAUCUGAAGAAAAAAAAUUAUAGUUAUAAUGACUUCAAUUUUACCACUGUAAUAUGGCAAUUUUUGCUUGAUGCUGAUGUUUUUAAACUAUAUCAUUUAAAAAAAAUAAAAAAUCAGCUUUCUAAAUAAAUAAAGUAGUUUAGCAAGUAGUCUUCUUAUUUCAUUCCAACUAUCUAGCCAUAGUGUACAGUGUACAACGUCAGGACAAAAGAGUUUUUGUCAUUUCAAUUCAAUACAUCCAUGUUCAUUUACUAAUCUUAACAUUUUAAAUGCUGAGUUUUUCUAUUUUUUUUUUUUUUUUUUUUUUAUGAAAACUGUAGUGCCUCUGAUCUUUAAGAUUCCAUCUAAUUUAAUCAGACAAUACACAAUCAUGUGUUGAUUUCGACAAUUUUUUGUAAACAGAGACAAGCAUUUGUAUCUGUAGUUUCCAUCUUUCUGAUACUAUAUUUUUCAAGCUGCAUUUCAUGAUUUAAAUUUGUUAUUUUUACCUUUUUUUAUAUUCAUUGUAUCGGUAUUAUUUUACCAGUUGUAGAUAUUGAAGUCUGGGAAAAGUAAUUUUAAUUGUUUACUCUCUCACAGAAGUAUUUCUUGAUAAAUUAAUAUAUUUCUUUUUUAAUGAGCUAGUUUCAUCAUGUAGUUGAUUUUAGUUGGACUUCAUCUUCAUAGAUAUAUUCAUUUGUAAGUAUUUAGUUCAGUUAUAUUCUGUUUAUAUUAAGCAUAUUCCAUCUCUUUUUAUUUAGGAUAAAUAGAAGAUACCUGGUGGGCAUUUCAUAAUGAUGUUCGUAAGUUAAUAAGAACUUUAAGAACGACUGGUGAACCUUUCUUGCUAAUACCUUGGUCACAUUUGAUUCAAACCACCUAUAUGUAGUUGGACAAAAAAUGUUAAAACGGCUGUUUUCGACUCGCCGUACGGCCGCCGUAGAACAAAUGUGACCAUGGCAUAAAUAAUCACCAAUGAACAUAUAAUGGUGAAUAUCAUUUACCACAAGAUAGGAUCAGCAGUCGUUCUUAAUGUCACUCUUAACUUAUGAACAGCCCCCGGGUUGGGGUUUCAUAAUGCUGUUCGGAAGUUACGAAAUCUCUAAAAUUUGAAUCACAAAGUCUAUUCAUGGACUCCAUUUUCUAAGUUUUUACUUUAAAUUCAUUUAACACUUUUUGUGUACAUUUCAUCAUUUUAUUAUGAUAAUCUGCUUUUAUACCAAGCUUAAAUAGAGCUCUCUGUAUGUAAAUUAUGUAUAAUUAACGGCUCUACAAAUGUAUGUAACUACAAUAUGUAAAAUGUGUACAUAUGUGGUUACAUUUGGACUUCAAUUCUGUGCUUCCUUCAUGUGAACAAUAUGUGUAAUUCUCUUAUGCCUUCCGCAUGUUUUGAUGUAUAAAUCUAAUUUUCUAUGAAGGGCAAGUACUGUGUUGUAGAUAUAUAUAUUGUACAGGUGAAAUAAAGAUGUGUUUUGCCAAGUUACCUAAA